GCUAGAUUCCCAACAAAAAGAAGAGAUACUAUAAAUUCGUUGGGUCGAUAUACAUUUUUCUUGCCUGGAAAAGUUACACAAAGUUCGUGAAGUGAAGAGAAAAAAAAUUUUUUCAUUGUUAAAAGAAGAGGACAGAGGACAAACUUCUCAUGUGUCUUUAGUUUUUCAUCCAAUGUGUCGCAGCAUGAGGCAGUUUUCGAGACAAGCGUUCAGUGGGACUAGACUGUAACUUCAAUACAGCCGAUCUCUCGCAGCCAGAAAAAAUCCUUGGUUCAUCUAAUCAGUGAUCGGGUGCGAUUGAACAAAAGUACAGGCUUUGUAUUUUCUUCUUAUUCGCGCAAUUUCUGAAAAAGGUGGAAUUUAGUGAAAUAAUAAUGAAGAGCAGAUCGAUGAAGAGAUCGCUUCUAAGACUCCUAAUCUUGAUCCUGACGACAGUGGAUCAGAUGAUGGUUCUAGCCACUCAUCACGGCGGUCACCAUCAUCGGAUGUCGAGGAGAAUCCACCUGACGCGCGCGAUGGAGGCCACUAAGAGGUUCCUCUGCAGAGAACCCCAAUCGAGGGCCUACAAUCUGAGGGACUUGGUGCAAAGCAUGCAUCCAAGCGAGAGCGCCAAUCAGCCGGUAUACAUUGUCCUGAAGAGAUGCGAUAGUCAUUCCGGUUGCUGCGUCAGUCCUGAUCUCAGUUGCACGCCGGUGCAAUCGUCGAUCUAUUACGAGGAGAUGGAGGUCGAGGUUUGGAGUCUGCUAACGAAUAGCACGAGGAGGGCGUGGAUUAAAGUCGAGCAGCACGACAAGUGUACCUGUGAGAUUAGUAACGCCACUGAAAGACUCAGGACGGACAUUCAACCACCUAGCAUACAGAUCCUUUGAAAAGGGAUCUCGUCGAAUCCAUUCACUCAGUAUUAUGAAGUAGAAUGGAGCGUUCUAACUGCAUUGCCCAGUAAUUGACUGAUCAUCUUGCAUUUUUCUGUUAGAUAAUGGUACAAAAAGAACAACAUUCAGUGUUAAUUGAAACCAGUUAAUCAAAACAGAGGCUGGAGUUAAGCUUGAUUAGAAUUCAAUCCUUUUAGUUAGUUGGGAAGAAUGAGCUCAGAAUGCAUCGAUAUUAAUAGUGAUCUGCUGAUAAAAUAUUGAACCUCAAUAGUGUUAUACUGUGAAAAAAAUUGAUAUAGAGUGCUAAACAAAUUGAUUGAUCAUAAUUGAGACUGAGAUAAAUUGAAAGGAGCUCCUUAAAGCUUCUUUUAUUGAUACUCAUCUAAACUUAAUCUACGUUAUCUAUGGCUAUGAUUACGAUGAUAAGGGACAAGGAACAAUAAAGUGAAAUUAAUUGACAUUAUGUGGCAGACUUUUGAAUACCAAAAAGUUACACAAAUUUAAACUAUAAUUGUAAGAAGGGGAAGAUACGGCCGGUGAAGAUAAGGCUCCCCUUCCAGGAUAUUUAAUAAAUAAAUUAUAAGUGAUUGUGAUUUCAUAUAAGUAUGUCAUAAGUAUUUAAGAAACUAUUUAACUCUGAAAGAAUUGAACUUCAACUUAGAAGUAUUUAAAAGACUAUUUAAAUGAUUGCCAAGAGAUAAGAACGAGUCUUUCAUUAGGUGAACCUAAGAAUUUAAUUUAAGAU